UCAGGUAAUUCAACAACACUGGAGGCGGAAAUAAUGCAGCGAAUCAUGUACAGCAAGACGGCCUGGAAAUUAAUCAACUCUAUGACUGGAAUUACAGGCACAGGUGAGGCGAUGGGUAUCGCAGUCGAAGUCACACAGGACUUUCCUUUGGUAUCUAUUGUCACCAUGCUUGCCCCAUCACCUGAUUGGUUCACUGGAAUUAAGAAGGUAUCCCUUUGUGACACCUCAAGCGGAAUGUGGAUGGACAGUCACACAAUUUAUAAUCUACAACCCUGGGAUGCUGGCACCGACAACGGGACAACUUUCAUGGCUACGGAUAAUCCGACUAUGCCCCCCGGUUAUAUCAGCAUCAUCACUACAACUGCACCGCCAACAGAUUUUAUGAAUCUUACCACGUCAGCAAUACCAACACUGGGUAAGAUGAUGUUCGUGAGACAAAACAAACCAACCAUGAAUCAAUGCAGUGGCAUGUACUAUUACACAGUCAAGUUUGAGGCGAAGUGGUCACAGGCUACCCACCCCAAUGGAUGGCCGAGUGGAGCCAAGUUCUCCCCUCUCGUCAUUGCUACUCACUCGUACAAAUACAAAAUGUGGAGUGAUAUGACCAGAGCCUCACCGGGUGUCAAGAAAGUUGCCGAAACAGGUGCGUCAAUGUUUUCCUUUACUUAUAAGGGAGAAUAAUGAGAUAAAGAAGAAAAACGCCUAUUCUAGUUAGUUGCCGAAACAGGUGCGUCAAUUUUUAAGAGUUGAUUACUAGUAAGAUUUCUCUAAGUGAUUACACUGAUGGGUAUGCGGAGGGAAAAAAUUACAGCGGGAAAAUUAAACAAACUUAAGCCUCCAACAGAAUUUUUCAUAACCGGGACCAAGGUUACUUGCAAAAGGCCUAUUAUUCCAACUAGAAAGCUCUUUCAAUGAAUCCGUGUGGCAAAAAUCUCACCUAAUUCUCAGAUUGACAAAUUGACUGACUAUCAUGAAUCAGUGAGCUCACGAUUAUGAAUAAUAAUAUAUUUCUUUAUAUAGCGUUAAAUAGAUAGAGGAUAUUACACGGUGGCGCGAAGAUAUGAAUUUUAUUUGCGAGUGGCAAAACAAUCUGUUUUUACGAACGAGCGCAGCGGGUAAGUAAAAUAUUGUUUUUGCCACGAGAAAAUAAAAUUUAUAUCUUCAAGCUGCUUCAAGCCGCCGUGUAAUGUUCUUUUUAUUAUAAAGACAAAAAGACAUCGAUAAAAUAAUAGAUUUUUAUUCGCCAAACGGUAAUUGUGACGGCUCACAUUUACAGUGUACAGCAAUAUAAGACAUUGUUUACAAUAAUCUUGAGAAAUAACACUGAGCUGAAUAGGGCUCUACAUUGCCAAAAUAUAAGCAAAGCUUUGAGAAAUGUGUAAUUGAAAUUCAAAGGACGCAAGACGCCUACAAAUAUUGAAGGGAAAUCACCGAAAUUAAAACAUCGAUAAACUCACGUGUGAGAUUAUGGAAAAUAAACCACCCGGGUCCCGGAUGUAUUUUUCACGAAUUUUAUGAGUGGUAUAUUUUCCAGUAAAACACUCGUCUCUAUAUAAUAAAUAUACAUAUCUAAAGUGCUAAUAAAAGUUGAGACAAACAUUGACACAUAACAAACAUGACACUUGAAAAAAUAAAAAUAAAACACCGCAAUAAUCACUGUACAAGAAUUGGCAAUGUUUAUUUGCAAAUAAAGUUGGUAAUACAAAACACCAUUCCAAUGCGAUGGCAGUUAUAUUUUCGGUCCUUUUCACUUUUUCUGUCUGCCCGUUGUCUUUUUGUUAUGGACUGAUCUAAAGAGACUUGACUGACCACACCCUUGCCCACCCUCCACCCCCAAUCCACCCGUGUACUUUGCCUCACUUUUUAAUAUCAAAUUUGCCUUCAUUUUCCUUUAACAGGAAUGGAAGGAACAUUGUAUAACGAAGUUAUGAUGAUGAAAAAGCCCGGGUUUGUCUCCAAUGUCUAUACAACCGGGGCAGUAAGCACUCCAGGUGGCUACAAUAGCACAAAAAUCAUGGUACAAAGCAUGUACUCCAUGGUCUCUCUAAUCAGCAUGAUCGCACCUUCACCUGAUUGGUUCGUUGGAGUUGACAGCUAUGAUCUCUGUGGAACGAAUGGAUGGAAAGAAAUGAUGACAAUGGACCUGCUCCCGUGGGAUGCUGGGACGGAUAGUGGGCGAAACUUUACGUCAGUAGACAUGGCGACUAACCCUGUUGACGUCAUCAUGCGUAUCACUUCAAGUAGUGAUACCCAGAUGGGCGCAGAUGCCAAUAAAGUCUUUGCUACAGUCACUUUCACGCGCGGAGAAAUGAUACCAACAACUACGCAAACAACAACUACGCAAACAACAACUACAGCUAGUGCCCCAGGCUUGUCGGCCGGCCUUUUUGCCUUCCUGUCCGUCUCGUUGCUUGCAAUCAUGGGUGUGCUGUACUAG